CUUCUGGUCAGUGCAAGUUCUUCACUUUUCUCUCAUCCCUUCUUUACACCUGUCACACCCCAGCGGUGCAGGUUGCAUUCUUCAGUCCGCGACUGCCCAAUCCACUUCUACCCAUCCAGCCUUACCAUCACAGCUUGGCAGCGCCAGCUUGACUCUCCCUUCCAAACUUCCUUGCAGCGACAUUCAAUCACACUUUCCGCCGGCCGGAAUCGUCAUUCACCUUAAUAUCCACUGUCGCCUUGUGUUUCAACCUUGUCGAACUUUCGAACUUUAAGCCACAGUCUCAGCCCUCAAGACUGCGCUUACCGAACUCCAUACAGACCGUAACUUAAUCUGUUGAACGCUUGCCAUUGGACCAUCAUAUUGCUCCACAGCUUCAAUAUCGACUUGCACUUUCAGUGAUAGUCGACCGUCAUCCACCUUUCCGCAACACAUCACAAGCAAUCACUAUGCCUUACUCAGCAAACCUUGCGAGGGAGAACAGUGCUGCGCUAGACUACUUCAUUCAGCAGCCUGUCUCUCAGGACAUGAUCUCAUACCUCGCACAGAAGGCCACACAGGUCAUCAGGUGUGAACCUUCUCUCGAUAAGAGCCUUCCUCCCACACCACCCGCCUCUCCACCCCACCAGGUCCGGGAACCCUUCCUGCCGUCCGUCGAAGAGUUUAUCACAUCGCUCGUGGAGCGCUCGCACGUCCAGGUCCCUACUCUGAUGACCAGCUUGGUCUACCUCUCCCGUCUCCGGGCUCGUCUUCCUCCUGUUGCCAAGGGCAUGAAGUGCACUACCCACCGCAUCUUCCUUGCUUCCCUCAUACUCGCCGCCAAAAACCUGAACGACUCCUCCCCCAAGAACAAGCACUGGGCCCGCUACAGCGCUGUCCGUGGCUACGACAACUUCGGUUUUUCUAUCACUGAGGUUAACCUGAUGGAGAAGCAGCUCCUCUUCCUCCUCGAUUGGGACCUCCGCAUCAACCCCGAGGACCUCUACUACCACCUCGAGCCCUUCCUUGCUCCUAUCCGUGUCUGGCAGGUACGCCAGGCGGAGAAGGCCAGGAUGAUUGAGCAGGAGAAGGAAUACGCCCGUCAGCAGCAGCACCAGCUUACCGUGGAGAAUCUGUCCUCGUACGAAUAUGCUUCAUACGCCCCUCGCCAGCAGGAGAAGUACGCCUACCACUCUAACUCUCGCGCGGCUUCGCGCACUCCUUCUCUGUCGCCUCCUACCCGCAGCGCCCGCAGCGCCUCUACCUCCACCACAUCCUCGCCAUCCAGUUUCCACGAUGAGCCCUCUGAGGCCGUCAUGCAUAGCUACGACCAGGGCGCCACCAUUGUACAUAUCAACGCUCCUGUUACCCAGACCAGGCUUCAGCACUCGCUCCCCAUGUAUGACGAUAACAAGCCGGCGAAGAAGACAAAGACAUCAGGCGGCUUCUUCAACAGGAUGUUCGCCGGCGCUUACGCGAGUCGCACAGCGGCCUACUAAAAUUGCCUUCGCUUUCUCGUAUCAUCUGCCUAGACGAGUGCCUUCCGCACCACAUCUCAUCGAGAUAUAAACGAUUUGCAUGGACAUGAUAUGGCCAGAAGAUUGCAGGACAACCAUUCAACAUAUCACCGCAUGAUCUACGGCGUUCCAUUUGAAGCAUUUGCACGGCACGCAUAGCAUUGAUGGCGUUUGAAGGAGUGUGAUCACAUCAUCACUGUUCAAUAUUUCUAUCGGCCGGCGCGCCGCAAUAUCCCAUAGUAGUUAGCUACACAUCUACACAUACCGUUCCUACGGGACAUACGAGUAAUGAAAUUUCAAACAAUACUUCACAGACCGCGCGUUAUCUCCUUAGCACCGCUUCAACGUUCGCUUCUUUCCGGGUGCACAGGCAAUACCGACGAAAGAGCCGUGACAUUUCCUUGCAAUCUCCGCCAUGGAUCCUAA